UUUCUCUCUCUAGAAAGCAAAAGUGGAAAAAUUAAGAGUAGAGAUUUUUCAGCAGUAUAAGGCGAUGCGCUCUCACUCUAUGCUCAUCUCCGUCCCUCACCCUCUCCUCUCGUCCUGAAAAGAACCCUAACUUUCUCUCUCUAUACCUUCCUCCGAUCCCUUUAUCUCUUUUAAAAGAGCCCUAACUUUCUCUAUCUAGGGUUCAUCUCUCUUUCUCUAGGGUUUCUGCGGUUCCAUGGUGUGAAUUUGCCGCCCAAGUUUUGAGAUUUUUUGAAGGAUCCAGAGGCACAGACAGGAACAAUGGCGUCCACGGACGGAGAGCUUGAGAAACAGCUCAUGGAAGCUGGGAAUAAGCUUUUGGUGCCCCCGGCUUCUGUCGACGAACUUCUCCCGCUGCUUGACCAAGUUGAGAAUUGUCUUUUAAAGGUGGAACAGUCGCCUUCCAUGUCGAUGCAAAAUGCCCUUUCAGCAUCGCUGAAGGCGUUGGUGACAGAUCAACUUCUGAGACAUUCUGAUAUUGAUGUGAAAGUGGCAGUUGCAGCUUGCAUAAGUGAAAUUACAAGAAUUACUGCACCAGAUGCCCCAUAUGAUGAUGACCAAAUGAAGGAGAUCUUUCAGUUGAUUGUAUCAUCAUUUGAAAAAUUAUCUGACAGAUCGAGCCGAUCAUAUGAUAAGAGGACCUCGAUUCUUGAAACUGUUGCAAAGGUCAGGUCUUGCGUGGUAAUGCUGGAUCUUGAGUGUGAUGCACUGAUUAUUGAGAUGUUCCAGCAUUUCCUCAAUGCAAUAAGGGAUGAUCAUCCAGAAAAUGUCUUUACAUCCAUGGAGACAAUUAUGACCCUUGUCUUAGAAGAAAGUGAAGACAUUCCAACAGAGCUACUCUCUCCUAUCUUGGCUAGCAUAAAGAAGGACAAUCAGGAGGUCCUGCCCAUUGCUCGGAAACUGGGGGAGAAAGUUUUUGAAAACUGUGCUAAUAAGCUUAAACCUUGCCUGAUGCAAGCAGUAAAAUCCUUGGGCAUUUCUUUAGAUGAUUACAGCAAGGUAGUUUCUUCUAUAUGCCAAGGAACAUCUAGUACUGCUGAUCAGAAUGAUGACGGUGUUCCAGAGCAGAAUGAUGACAGUGGUCCACAGCAGAAUGAUGAUAGUGCUCCAGAGCAGAAAGAUGACAACAUUGCUGGCAAAAAUACAGUUGAAGAGAGCCAGUUGUUAAGGGCAUCUUCGGAUGAGGCAGCCCAGGUAGAUAAAGAGAUUUCAAUUGAAGCAGCCUGUCCUGGAGAAGCAGAUCCAGCAAUGGAUAGAUCUCCUAAGUCAGUUAUGAGCAAUGGCAUCAAACAGGCUGCGAAUGAUGACUCUUUAGUGGAUUCAAACUCUUCAAAGAAGCCUGAUUAUGGUACUAAUCAGUCCAAAAGUAGCAAAGUACCAAGUGAGGUUGAACUUGAUAGUUUGGAUGUUGGAAAGGUAGAACAAGAAUCUAAGCCAGAACAAACUACUAAGAAAAGAGGAAGAAAGCCAAAUUCUUCAAUGAACUUGAUAGAACCUUCUGAUUCUCGUGUUAGCAGUGAGGAGGAGUCUGAGAAACUGUCAGACCAUAAAAAAAAUCAAAGCAAGGCAGGUCAUGAUGCCCCUUGUGAGGACCCUCCAUCUACGGAGGCAGCUGUGCCUUCAGAAAAUGAAAAGAUGACUGCUACUCAGCUUUCCUCACCAAAGGCAUUGGAGAAUGAGUCUUCAUAUGUUGCUUCUCCAUCGCCAAGCCGGAGCCUACCUGAUGAGAGUCAUGUUAGGAAGGUUGGACGUCCAAGGAAGAAAGACAACUUGAAUCAGGAAGUGGGGAAAAGGCGACCUGGGAAAAGGGCAGGUUCUGGGAUUACUGAGGAGGAUAAAACUUCGGCCACCAUGACUGACUCAGUGGAAAACCCACUGAAGAAGUCGGGUAAGAAAGUGGACACAAGCAAGAAUGAGGAUGGAUCCUCUUUAAAGCCUCAGGAAGAUAGGAAAAAACGGGGGCGUGGUAAAGCUGUUUUGGAGAAAGAAAUGACAAAAUUCUUGUCUAAAGAUGAUGAAAAAGAAAUGCUUUCUUCCCCAAAGUCUGCUGCAAAAUCAGUAAAAGAUGAAAGUCAUUUAGAGGAAACCCCUAAGAUGCUUUCUAAGGGAAAGCAUACUUCUGGAAAGCGGAAAGCAUCUGAUACUGUAGAUUUUGGUGAGAAUCUGGUUGGUUCGAGGAUUAAAGUUUGGUGGCCGAAAGAUCAAAUGUAUUAUGAAGGUGUUAUUGAUUCUUUUGAUUCUGAGAAAAAGAAGCAUAAGGUUCUGUAUGUUGAUGGUGAUGAAGAGAUACUAAAUCUGAAAAAGGAAAAGUUUGAUUUCGUCACUAUGUCGGAUGGGGAAGAAGCAACUCAGACUCCAAGUCUGGAUGGCUCUGAAAUGCGUCAGAAGAAGAAAGCAAAGUUUUCUGAUGUGCCAUCUAAGCAAGGAAAGAUGGAUGCUUCACCUAAAAAGGGUGGAGGAGCUUCCUCCAGCAAAUCCAAAGUUUCAGUCACAAAAUCCGGUCGGAAAUCCAGAGACUGUGGUAAAAUUGAUGGAAAAUCCAAGGAGGACAGCUCGAAGAAUGUUGGUAAAUCUGAUGAUGAAAACAGUGGUAAUCGCAAGGAUCAAAAGCUUAAAGGUGGUGGUAAAUUAAUAUAUGAUUCUCCCAAAACAGCCAGCAAAUCCAAGGAUCAAGAUGCUAAUGUACCCAAGAUGACUGGCAAAUCCAAGCAAGACAGCUCAAAAACUGUCUCCAAAUCCAAGAGUCAACCACUCAAAAGUGGUAGCAGAUCUAAUGCUAAUGGUAGUAGCAAGGGGAAAUCCAGUUCGGCUAAAGGGAAAGAAACUGUGGAUGUGAAGGAGAAAUCUCCAGAUUCCGGGAAAUCAUUUGAAAGUGCCAAAGGAAAAUCACAAGAAACAUUGAAGGAGCAGGAAAGUGAGACAAAGAGUGGAAAGAAGCGGCGAAGAGCAGUGAAAAGCUAAUAAUAAUUGACUCUCAGCUGCUUCUCACUCACCUUGUGCAGGGAAGAUGUUUGCUCUUCUAUCCUACAAUCCUCCAUGGAACCUUGCAUCCAUCUGUAGCAGCCUUCUCUGAGAGCCUGGGUUGACGUUAAGCCAUGCAUUUGGUAUUUGUUCUCGUCUUUGCCGCCAGUCCAAAAAUCGAUGCUAGCAUUGUCACAUUUUCAGUUAAUUAGAGUCUAGUUUAUACUGAUUGUAGGGGUGGGUAAGUUAAUUUAUCGUUAUAUUCUUAUUUUUAGUCGGGAUUUAUGUUAUUCUGAGGACUCGUUAGCUUUGUUAAACAAAUGCUCUUUUAUAGAUAACGCCACAGAUCACAGACCCCGAAAAUGGCUUCUCUCAUCGCUGUAUUCUAAAUUUAGAAAACUGCAGGUAGUGUUAUAUUUUUGUUUUCA